AACAUAGUUUCGUGCGGAAAUCAUCUCCGGUCGCUGCACCGAUGCAAUGAACAUCAAGUGGUUGUCCAGAUAUUCUACGCUUUCUACCACACAUCACCGCUCUCAGAGGGUGUGAACUCGCCUUUGGCUCCUUCAUCAGCGCGCCUGUCAUAAACAAACUCGUGGAGGGCUUUCAUGUCAAAAAAAAAAAAAAGCCCGGGACAGGACUUGAUGUGCUGUUAUUGUUUUCGUUUUGGUUUGGUACCUCACGGGGCAAUUUGUAUCUCCCGAAGUUUCCUCAUCGGAAUUUGAAUGGUCUGCAAUUCUCGUUAGAAGAUUCAAGACUACUACUAGGGUUAGGGUUUCGUCUGCGACAAUUGAACUAAUUUUUGUCUUGCGGUGGGAAUAAGAGAUGUGGCACGAGGCAAGACGGUCGGAGAGGAAAGUCCAUGAUCUGAUGGACGCUGCUCGGAAGCGAGCUCAGAGACGAGCUGUAUUUCUGGCGAAAAGGCGUGGUGAUCCUCAACAAUCGCUUCAGGUCGCCGGAUCUCGGUCCCGUACGUACCGCGACGAUGGCCUCUAUCAAGCUACAGAAGAUCAGCAAGGCCUGAUACCAUGGAAUGGGAAACAGAAUAUAUUGAUUGACAGAUUUGAUGGUCGUGCUCUUCUUGAUUUCAUCCGAGAAUCUGAUGCCAGACAUUCUCGGGUCCAGGAAAAAACAGAGGAAGAAGAAGAACUAGAAGAGUUUGUUAAUUUUGAGCGUUAUCGGGAUUUAAUUAAGCAUCGCCGUAGAGGAUUAACUGAUGAAGAUGGUUUACGACAUGCUUCUGAAGAAAUGGAGGCAAAGACUGCAGCUCUGUUUACAUCGGACAGAUCACAUCCUGCACAAAUUCCUGCAAGCAAAGGGUCUUAUUCACAGGUGGGGUUUUCCUAUGAUGGGAAUGGGAAAGAGGAAUCUGGUGUCUUGGAGAGUGAUGAUGAUGAGGAGGAGGAGGAUGAUGAUGAUGAGGAGGAGGAUAUAAACAGUGAUGACAGCAAUGAUGAAGGAAUGGAUGCGAUUGCAAAAGAGUUUGGAGUGAAGAGGUAUAGCUGGCUGGUUCACACGGAUAAAAGAGCCAAAGCGGAAGAGAAACGACAAAAGGAGGUAGUUCGAGGGGAUCCUGCAGUAAGGAAGCUGAGUCGCAAAGAGAGAAGGAAGGCUUCUCAGAUGGAAAGGGUGAGAGAAAGGGAAGCUGCACGUGUAACAGGAUCCCGAGCUUUCCAUCACGAUCCUUAUCGGGAACCACGACGGAGCCCCACUUAUGAAGCUUAUUCCCGUUCUAGAAGAGCAAGAUCCAGAUCACGGUCACACUCCCCAUACUCAAGACGCUAUGAUCGUGGCAUUCAUUCUGAUAAUGGUCAUAGAAGCAAAUCAAGGACUGCUAAAAUAGAAUAUAUUACUGAGUUCGGGGGUUCUCCUAGUGAACCAAAGCGUGAAGGAUACUCUCCACCACCGUCACCUCCAUUGCAAGUUGAUGUGCUGAACCGGCCCUCAUCUGGUCACAUACUUGAGGCACUACAUACUGAUCCUGCAUCUGCUGUAUCCCUUGACCAGGAAAAGAGCCCUAAGGUGUUGAAACCAUCAAUUAGCACAUCAUCAGCAUUGGCGAAACUAAGCAAAUCAACGGUUCCUGGUGGACCCUUAAAAGUGCAACAGGGUGAGAAGAAGGAAACGCCCCAAGAGCGCCUUAAAAGGAUUAUGAGCAAACAGUUGAACAAACAGAUUAAGAAAGACACUGCUGUUGAGAUGGCUAAGAAACGUGAACAGGAGCGACAAAGGCUGGAGAAACUUGCAGAAACAAGUCGAUUAAGUCAACAUAGGCGCCGUAGCCAUAGUAGAAGCCGCAGUCGUUCUCCACGAAGAUACCGGCGUAGCAGAAGCCGAAGCAGAAGUAGCCCACGGAGGUAUUAUUCACGCUCCCGCUCCCCUUCUCGCUCAGGUUCCCGAUCACCAAGGGUAAGGAGCUGAUCCAGAUACUGAGAUGUUUUGGCAUGCAAAGGUGUGGGGUGGAUAUAAUCUUAUAUAUUUUGUAGGUUAGUAGAAUGUCCUUAUGUUCUUCCUAUGUUUCUAAAACAAAUAUUGGCCAUUGUUCAAUGUUAAGUGCUUUAUGUGAAUGUGAAGAGAGCACUUCAAACCAUGUAUGUGAAACGAAAUGUUUUAGGUUCGAUGGUUGAGAUGGGCCAAAUAUUGAGGGGGAAUGAUAUCAUAUAGUUUUUUCAGGUCACA